AUGGCUGAAAGGCCAUCGGGUUCGGGAAGAGGUACUCAAUCCCCCAUCAACGAUGAGUACUGUCUGUGCCAUUUGGCCACUGAUGAUAUGUUGAGAGCUGCUUUUGCAGCUAAUACUCUGGUAGCCAAAAAGGAUGAAGAAGCUAUAGUUAAGGGGAAACUUGUUCUUGAUGAGGAAGUUGCUGGUUUAAUUGAUGAAGACUUGAAGAAACCUUCUUGUCAGAAGGGAUUCAUUCUUGAUGGUUUCCUGAAGACAGUGAUUCAGGCGGAAAAGCUUGACGAUAUGCUGCAGAGUCAGGGAACUGACAUCGAUAAUGUGAUCAGCUUUGCAACUGAUGAUGACAUGUCGAAGAAGAUGAUUACUGGUGUUGAUUAUGGAGGGCCUACUCCCUCUUUAAUCAAGGAAGAGGUGCUCCAUUCUGCUUGGAGGGGGACUCUUCCUGAGAAGGAGCGUGUCCUAAGAACAGUGAAACGCAUGUGGCUUUUUAUGCCUUGACGUGUAGAGACAGUUGUCCUUGUGACAUGCCACAUAUGUGUUGGAAAUGUUUCUGAGGCGAGUUCAAGAAGUGUCCCUCGAGUAUUGGAAAUUUAAAGUAUAU